GCCUUUCUCAAUGGCUCUUCACCUUCUUGCUUCAGUCCACCAUUGCAAUCUCACUGGACUGCUCCCAUUUAAACGUCCCAACGCACCUGUAAUAUCCAGAAAUGGCAAUGUUCCUCGUCCUAAUUCCAAGUGCAUGGCCACCAACGAAAUCUCAGUUAGUAACGGAGGUAGUACUGUUCGGCGAUCAGCAAACUAUCAACCUUCCAUUUGGCACUACAAUUACAUCCAGUCACUUACAAGUGAAUACGUGGGGGAAUCCUGCACUAGACAGCUAGAUGAGUUGAAGGGAGAAGUGAGGAUGAUGUUUCACAAAGUGGUGGAACCUGGGGAGCAACUUGAGCUGAUUGAUAUCCUGCAAAGACUUGGAUUAUCAUAUCAUUUUGAGGAUGAAAUAAGGAGCACAUUGGAAGGUGUAUACAUGAAUACCAAUCAUGGUAUAUGCAACAAGGAGAGGAACUUAUACACCACUGCUCUUGGGUUUAGACUGCUAAGACAAAAUGGAUUUAGUGUGCCUCAAGAUAUUUUCAAUAGUUUCACAAAUGAUAAGGGGAACUUGGAGGAGUCGCUUGGUGAGGAUACUAAGGGAAUGCUUUCUUUGUAUGAAGCUUCAUUCCUUUUGAGAGAAGGUGAAAGUAUGUUGGAGGAAGCAGGAGAUUUUGCAACUAGAAAACUCAAAGAGUACCUCAAGCAAAACAUAUCAGAAGAUCAAAAUCUUUCUUCUUUGGUGAGGCAUGCUUUGGAGCUUCCACUGCAUUGGAGGAUGAUAAGGCUUGAAGUAAGGUGGUUCAUUGAUAUUUAUAGGAGCAGAGAGGACAUGAACCCUAUCUUGCUUGAGCUUGCAGAAUUGGACUUCAACAUGGUACAAGCAGUCCAUCAAGAGGAUCUAAAACAACUCUCAAGGUGGUGGAGGAGGACUGGGCUUGGAGAAAAGUUGAGCUUUGCGAGGGAUAGGCUGAUGGAGAAUUUUUUGUGGACAGUGGGAAAAGCAUUUGAGCCUCAAUUUGGAUAUUGUCGGCGAACAUUAACCAAAGUCAAUGCACUUAUAACUGUAAUCGAUGAUGUUUAUGAUGUAUAUGGCACUCUCCAUGAACUCCAGCUCUUCACAGAUGCCAUUGAGAGAUGGGAUACCAAUGCAAUGGAUCGGCUUCCAUAUUAUAUGAAGAUAUGUUUCCUUGCUCUCCACAAUUCAAUUAAUGAAAUGGCGUUUGACAUCCUUAAAGAACAAGGAUUCCACAUCAUUCCCUACUUUAGAAAAGCGUGGGCAGAUCAAUGCAGAUCUUUCUUGUUGGAAGCAAAGUGGUAUUACAGCGGAUAUACACCAAGCCUUGAAGAAUACAUUGAGAAUGGAUGGGUUUCAAUAGGACCAGCAGUAAUGCUUGUGCAUAUUUAUUUUUCUAUCACAAAUCCAAUAACAAAGGAAACUUUGGAUUGGUUGGAAGAGGUUCCCAAUAUAAGCCGUUGGUCAUCAAUGGUUGUACGAUUUGCAGAUGAUCUUGGAACAUCUAAGGUAUGCAAUCAGAGAUUGAAUUUUGCCCUAAAUAUUUUAAAACUAGUUUUGAAUGAAAUUGGUGCAAGUGAAGAAGAUGCUCGUGAGUACAUAAGAUCUUUGAUUAGUGCCACAUGGAAGAAGAUGAAUGGAGAAAAAUUUGUAAGUCACCAUCCCUUCUCUCAGACAUUUAUUGAAAUUGCAAUGAACAUUGCAAGGAUGUCUCAAUGCAUGUACCAGCAUGGGGAUGGCCACAGUGUUCAAGAUGGUGAAACUAAGGACCGAGUAUUAUCAUUGCUCAUCCAUCCCAUUCCUCUCUACAAAGAUAAAUGGGAUUAAGAAUUGAUAUAAGAGGAUGAACUUGCAGUCAAAGCUUUUCUUCUUUUUCCUUUCCUUUUCUUUAUGGCCUCCAUUUUGUUUCAACUUAAAAAUGUUUUAUGAAUAA